GUAAGGCAUAAACGAAAACCAAUUAUCACUGCAAAAUAUAACAGGCGUUUCUAGAAAACCAGACGAGUAAAAUCGACGAGCGAAAUGGCUGCAGACGGUGGAGCAGCGACAUUGUCGCCGGCUGGAAUCAGCAACAGUAGACUGGAUGAGAAUAUCGAGAACAAAGUAAAAGAAAGCCACAGGAUAGACAGUCUGAAUCUGCUAAUUUUUCUCAUCUUAUUGACAAUGACUGUUUUAACAAUUUGGCUGUUUAAACAUCGACGGCUGCGGUUUGUUCACGAGACAGGCCUGGGAAUACUAUAUGGUUUAAUAGUUGGAGUCAUCAUCAGAUACACCAGUACAACAGAGCAAAAACUGUGGCAAAAUUUCACCCUGCCAGAGGAGAGUCCCUUUAAUUUCUCUCAUCCCCCUGACAACAUCCAUCUGGAGGUUUCGUUGUUUAGCGACAUGGCCAAUAAGACGCAGCUUAUUACACAGGAGUACCUGUAUAGCUUCAAAGGCCUGGUGUAUAACGCUGAGAGCACAGAGAUCGAAGAUAAGGCGACCUUUGAUCCAGAGAUAUUUUUCAAUGUUCUACUUCCUCCUAUUAUUUUCCAUGCAGGGUAUAGUAUGAAAAGGCGCCACUUUUUCCGCAAUUUUGGUGCAAUAGUAACUUUCGCCUUUCUUGGGACGGCUGUCUCUUGUAUGAUUGUGGGUGGGAUAUUAUAUGGUUUCACCCGUCUAAUGGUGACUUACAGCUCUCUAUGGAAGCAGUGGGGGCUCACCAAUUUUGGAUUGACAGAUUGCCUUUUCUUUGGUGCUUUAAUCUCAGCUACAGAUCCAGUGACAAUAUUAGCCAUAUUUCAUGAUCUUAACGUAGACGUGGACCUGUAUGCACUGGUAUUUGGUGAAAGUGUCCUCAACGACGCAGUCGCCAUUGUGUUAGCAGGUGCGGUGGAGAAAUACAGCGAUGUGCGGGCCACUGGGAUCUCAGACGCAGUGGACUAUAAAGCUGUACUGGAGUCACUGGGUAAUUUCCUAGGCAUUUUCUGUGGAGCUUUUGCCAUUGGGUCCUUCAUGGGAUGUAUUACUGCCUUGCUUACCAAAUAUACCCAGAUCAGGGACUACCCGUUACUGGAGACCACGCUGUUCUUUCUCAUGUCUUACAGCACAUUCCUGACUGCCGAGUCCCUAAGCCUUACAGGAAUUGUUGCUGUGCUAUUCUGUGGUAUCUGCCAGGCUCACUACACAUAUAACAAUCUGUCCCAGGAGUCCAAAGUCAGAACAAAGCAGUUGUUCGAGCUUCUGAACUUCCUGGCAGAGAACUUUGUAUUUAUCUACAUUGGAGUGGCCAUAUUUACUUUUAACCGUCACCGCUGGGAUCCUGGCUUCAUCUUUGCAGCAUUGCUAGCUAUUAUUGUUGGCAGAGGCCUCAAUGUAUAUCCUCUUUCAUUCCUUUUAAAUCUUGGCAGAAAAAAUAAAAUUCCAAUGAAUUUCCAGCACAUGAUGAUGUUUUCAGGCUUAAGAGGAGCCAUAGCAUUUGCAUUAGCCAUCAGAAAUACUCUGACCCCCGCCAGAGAACUGAUGUUUACCACCACACUACUUAUUGUAAUCUUAACUGUGAUUUUAUGUGGGGGAUUUACCACUCAGAUGUUGCAGUGGUUACGGAUAAGGGUUGGUGUGGAGGAUGAAUCAGAAGCUCAAAAUUUCCAGGCAGUAAGGAGUGCUAUCAAUAAACAGAAACGCUAUCAGACUAUGUCAGAUGCACAGUCAAAUGGAGCGUCCAAUCAGGGGGGAGAUACUGGAGACGCCAUAGCAACUGCCAGUGGCCAAUCAAAUUUGAACAUGACUACGAGUCCCACAGAUGCAGCCCCUCCCCCCAUGAGAAUACAGGAGUCAGAGAAGGCCUGGCUGGUGAUGAAGUGGUACAAAUUUGACCAAAAAUUUAUGAAACCUUUACUGACUCAUGCGCGACCUCCACUCACAGAAACACUGCCUGCUUGCUGCGGGAGGUUUGCAAUGUUCCUGACAACAGAGCAGCAGUUGGCACAGGCUGAGCCUGGACGUUCUGAUGACAGUGACGAAGAUAUGAUUAUAGAUGAAAAUGAAUUGACAUACGGCGCAGAUAAUAACAGCGAAAUCCUGGACGGAGAAACAGGAAGGAAGGGAACAUUGGAGAGCAUGAUUGAUGACGGUGACCUUGGCCUUGGUGUGGAUCGCAGGGAUCACAGAAUGCAGCCCACGAGAAUUUUGAUUCCAGGAAUUGGAGGAGAUGACGUGUGAAACCUCGUCACACCUAACGCAAUGUCACAUCUGGCAUAAUGUCACACCUAACACACUGUCAGAUGUGACAUACCAUCACACCUAACACAAUGUCACAUCUGGCAUAAUGUCACACCUAACACACUGUCACACCUAACACGCUAUCACACCUAGCACACUUUCGCACUGUUGCAUCUAUUACACUGUCCUACUGAACACACUAGAAUUUGGUGUUGUAAAUGCAGUGUACUGCAGAACCUGGGUAAAAAUGGCACAGACUGUACAAGCCAAGUGGAUAAUACAUGUAAAACUCUGGCAUUGGAGGAUGUCAAAUACUUUGUGAUGCAUUUCCUUAAUCAUUCAAACAUGUUUUUGCACAUGGAGAUGAACAGCAAAAUUUCAUCACUUUUGAAGGAUUUGACAGACAGGUUAUGCUUUAGUCAUCAGGGCUGUUGAAUUCUGAUGGUUUUUGUGAAAGAAACAAGGGCUUCGUAUUGUGCUUUAUGUAUGUUAUACAUAUGUAGUGGCUGCAGUGUUAGGGUGCAUUCCCAGAGAUUUAGAUCGAUCCAGAGAUUUAGAUUUAGAUCGACC